UCGAACAAAUUUUAUGGAGUUAUGUUAGUAGUGGAGUAAUAAUACAAUACACAUUGUUUCUUCAUAUGAUCACUAAACGAUUUGAAAGAAUUCAUUCAACUAUUUUAGAGUGGGAUAAUAAGAGAAUACGUGAAGAUCAAGGGCAAGUAUGUUGCGUUAUAGAAACAUCAGUAUUAUCUGAACCUGUUGUCAAUAACAUGGACAAUAUUAUAAAUGCAUACAUCGAAUUAUGCGAUAUAUGUGAUGAUCUCAAAAAUAUUUAUGGAUUACCUAUUAUGAUAGUCAUUUUAUUUCUCAGUGCCGGAAUGGUAUUUAUGUUAUAUUUCAUAAUUUUGGUUUUGAUGAGUUAUUUAAAAGUUACUGAUGAUACGUAUUUGAAUGUAACACUUGUAUCAUGGAUCAUUUUUUUAAUUAUGGUGCUGACUUCUACUGUUACGAAAACAAUGAAACAGAAUAAAAAAACAAUCAAAUUUGCAAAUUUACUGAAACUGCGGGCUUUUACAAAUAACAAAAUCAAGAAAAAAUUGGAUAAGUUUUCGAGUGUUAUUUCGCAUUUGAAGCUGGAAUUUACUGCUUGUGACAUCAUGCCAUUAGAUCAUACGCUUAUAGCAAUAAUUAGUUCUACAACUGCAACGUAUCUCAUAAUUGCUGUACAAUUCCGAAUAAGCUCACCUCCUAAUUAAUUAAUUAAUAAUGCUGUAGAGUAUGAACAAGUAUGUUUUUGUUUACAAUCGAAAAUUUCUGUACG